AUGUUGGGUUUUAAAGUUCCUCCCGAGCUGUUCAACGAAUGGAACCCAUCGGUCGGCGUCGACUGCUCCAACUGGUACACGUGGAUGUCCUACUGCGUCCAAACCUGGUCGAGAUGGAGCAGCAUGAAGAGUCGGUACGAGGCCACAGCCAGCAUGUCCACAACUGCAUCCGCGCCCGCGACCACUACCACCACCACUUCCAGUUUGGCGCCUUCCCCGACUGCGUGGGAAGAAGCGGGCUGUUUCGUUGAACACACCGAUGAGCCAUAUAUCCUCCAGCAGAACUUGACCCCGGCCGCCGGGGGUGAUGCGCACCUAUCUAUCUCCAAGUGCAAGAACUCUUGCUCUCGCCGCUCUUAUCCCUUCGCCGGCGUCAAGGAAGGCAACCAGUGCUGGUGCGGCACCCAUGUUCUCGGGACAUUCUCGCGAAAUGAGACAAGAGAUUGCAACGUGCCCUGUAGCGGAGACUCAACCGCCAUAUGUGGCGGGAACGGGUUCAUCAAUAUUUUCAGGACCGAGUACGAGGAUGGCGUCGUGUUGGAACCACAACCACUACCGCAAAUUACUUCUUCCACCAGCACCAGCACCCUCAGUAACGUCGGUACGAGCACAAGCACCAGCACCAGCAACUUUAGCACCGCCACCCAAAGCAGCGGCGGCGUCAGCGCCCGGCGAUGGAAAUAA